AGCUCGAAUCUGGUUAAACCCUCAAUAUCUUGAUAGUGCAGAAACGUCUAAAAUAUCGUCACAAAAAGUUUCUGGUUUUCCUCACAGUAUCGUUCAUAUCGAAGUUUAUCUUCCACUACUAAAUGCGCCUCAACUAUUAAAAAUCGAAACCAUUGAUCCUAACCCAAAAAUGAUAGACAAAAUUAAUAUUGAGCUUGACUGGAACUAUUUCAAUGAUGCAGUUCAUCUACUAGAAGAAUAUUCAAACAUAUAUUUGUAUUCAUUCAAUCGUUUUUAUCAACAUGAUAAUAGACUAACUUCAACAAAAUUAGAUGCGACAACAUUCUACUUAUCAUUCAUCGAUUACAGUCGAUUGCUGUUAGAAUAUUUAGAUCAGAGAUUAAUCACUGCCGCGCCAGAUUUUACCGAAUACAUAUAUGAUUAUAUCAUUGAUAAAAUUCAACAAUUUCAAUUCUAUUAUCAAGAACCAUUAGUAUUUCAUUCAUACAUAGCUCUAUUAGUUCAACUAACAAAUCGUCCACAAAUGAUAACUUACGAAAGUUAUCACAUGAUGAGACAUUUUGUGAGAUUUAUAAUGUCUUAUAGUUUCGCUAAGACAUCUAAAGCAUUUCUUGACAAACUUUUGCAAUUAUAUAUAAAUCUGAGAGUGUACAUUGGAAUGACAAUGCCUCAACCAGAAGCCACUGAUGGAUGGAGUAUCAUAGAGUUUAGUCAACAAAUAAACGAGAUGAUUCAAUUUCUUCAUGAUACGUAUUUGUUGAAUAAUAUUUCAAAUGUAGCAAAAACUAAUAAGAUUAAUAUUGAUUUUGUAGUCAGUUUUAUCUAUCCAUUCACUACAGAUCGUUGGACUCUCAUUCUUCAUCCAGCUAUGAACAACGGACUCAUCAGCAGUCCUCACAAACGUAGGUAUUAAGGCAGAUAUGACAAUUCAUUGAUCAUUCAUCAUUUUAGGUGGCAUAACGAACGGUCUCGGUGUAUUGUAUUUAACUCAAGAAUGGAUACCAAUUCGAUAUGUAUUCGACUCCGAUAUCUAUGUGACCUAUGUUGUUGGUCAAAUGCUGAUAUUUCUGUCGUUUAUUAACAGUUCAAUACCCACUCUUGUUCGAUAUUCGCUUAAUCAAUCCUAUUUGAAUAAAUCAACUAUGAAAAAUUCACAUUUAUAUCAGAUCCGCUUAGCUCAUUUACGUAAAAAUCUUUAUCGUCACACGUUUUCUUUUCGACUCAACACAACACGUUUAGGAAAAUAUUUGACAUUCGUGUUUGACAAUUUGCCAAAUUCCUAUUACAUAUUCACGACAUAUAUUAGAUAUAAUCAAAGUUGUUUAAAUACAGGAAUAAUCAAUCGAACACAGUUAUUAUCAUAUCAUUUUAAUGCUGAUCUAAACUAUUUAAAUGAUUUUGUUCAUUCUAUACCGAUUCAGCCUAAUAGUGUUGUCUGCUCAACAAUUCAAAUAACAUCAAAACAAAAUCUACCUAAAAGUCAAAAAAGUCGAAUAGGUCACUUAAUGGUUAUUGAAACAGCAUGUUAUUCAUUUACAAAUUUAACUGGACGAGAAUAUUAUAAUUCACUUAAAAAUGAUAUUUGCCAAUUACAUAAUGUCGAUAAUCAAGAUGUAACACUACCAUCAAAUGGUCCUUAUUUAGAGUGUUAUUGUUCUUCAUUCAUGAAUUAUUUUCUCUUAACAGAUUUAAAACAGCUCGAUAUACAAUUUGAAUUGAGCGAACAAGUAUGGCACUAUUUUCUUUUGUACGUAAUCAUAUUAGUGACUAUUUAUUUGUUACUCUCAAUAUACGCUAUUCGAGCCGAUGUUCACGAACAUUAUCGGCCACUAGUAAAAUUCAUUAAUGAUAACCAAAUGCCAACUGUUAGUAGAUAUUUGUUUCAAUUAACAAUAUUCACUGGUUUGCAACGAGCAGCAUCAUCGAAUUUAAAAAUAUUUGUUCGAAUUAUGGGAAAAAAACAAAAUGAUUCACCGCAUUGUUUAAAUACAGACAAUAAUGAAGCAUUUCAACGUGGCAGUUGUAAUCAAUUUCUUUUAACAUCCUUCAUUGAUCUAGGCAUAAAAUCACUUAUUCUAUUUCUACAUUCAUGCUUCUAUGCUGCUGCAUCGUGCACAGCCGAUUUAGACAAUUAUUAUGUCGAUAUUGAACAAUUUGAAUUCGUGCAUAAAUUCGACUUAAAACAUCGUCUAUCAAUCAGCAGUAUCGCCGAAGAAGAACAACGAACAAACGCAUUCAAACCGGACCAUGAAAUUUUAGGAGAAAAGAGAAAAAAUGCAACUUCGACAAAUGACGAUAUUAUAGAAAAUAAAAAUGUUAAUUGUAUUUAUCCAGCAUUAAGGAUCCAUUCGAGAAAUUUGAACCAUUUUAAAAGUCAACGUAGUCUGAAACAUAAUGUUUUCGCUGAUAGAAUCAGCACUUUUUUGACAUUACAACCUAAUUGUGAGAAGAGAAAGGCUCAUUUGGAUACUCAGUUGAAAUCUGCUAACAGUUCACAUGUAACAGUAUUUAAUGCAACAUUUUUACGUCGUACAGAUGAAACUGCAUUUAGAGCAAAUUGUGUCGAAAUACCAACAACGCCUUUAAUUGAUAUAAAACAUGAAACAUUAAGUGGUGUUAUGCGUUUAUCUCGAGAUAUAACCUUAACAGAACCACAAAUACAAGAAAGAAUUCGAGAACGUAUAGUAGAAGGUUCAAUUAUACGUGCAAUGAGAGAUGUGCUCGGUUAUAUUGUUUUUCUGGUUAUCAUUAUUUUAGUUUUCAACGAAACAUCCCAGAAUAUUAAAACACGUUUAGCAAUGCGAGAAUAUACAUUUCAAUUAUUAUUACGUGAAAAUAUAUUUCAACGAAUUGUAAACAUACCGGACACCAUGGAUUGGCUUCGAUUAUUUAUCGAACAUCGUUUAUUUCUUAAACCUGUAGAUUAUUCAUGCAUAAAAGAUAAUUGUAAUUAUAUCAGAAUACCUGAUUCACCAUUGUAUUUAUCAAAAAGUAUUCGUAUUCGUCAAAUCCGAGCUGAAAGAGGCAAAUGUCAUUCAAAAAUAAUUAAAAUUUUUCGAAAUUACAAUCAAUCAUGUUAUAUUGGAUCAAAAAAUAUCAUAUCUAAAAAACAUUUAGUUAUUUCAGGUAUAAGAAAUUGUACCGGAUGGAAUUUAUCUAAUUCAUGUAAUGAAAAGUGUCCAUUAAGUAAUGCAUUUAGUGCUGUUUCAUAUGAACACAUAAGAUCAAAAUUAUAUUCAACAUAUGAAUCACCAUAUUAUUUUAUAUUCUAUUUGUUAUCAAAAGAAACAGUGAUGAGUUGUAACAGAAAAAAAAAAUAUUAUAAUUUAAAAAAGUCAAAUUGGCUUGAUGAAAAAACAGUAGUAUUAAUAAUUGAAGGUAACUUAUAUUCACCACAAACAAUGGCAACGAUUUCAUUUGUAUUAACAAUGGAUAAAAAUUUAUUUGGCACAAUAUCGACAAAUAUUCUUAUCGAUGUUAGUGAUUAUUCUUUGAUAAAUAACUAUGUUUUAGAUCAAAACAAUAAAUCAAUUAGUACAAGAGGAAUAAGAAUGCCUAAGAAAAUAGUUAAAACUGAUUUAACAAGACAAUCUGUCUUAAUACAUUAUUUAUUUUUGGUACUGUUAGUCGUCAUAUUUAUUGUAAAAUUAUUUGAUUUAGCAAAAUACACUCGAACAUUUGGUUUUAUUGGUUUUGUCACAUUUUUAAGAUCCAUUUCGAACAUAAUCGAUAUGUUCCUAUUAUUAUUAUGUUGUUACUAUUUUCUAUUUUUUUAUCUUGAUUAUGAAGUAUUACAAAUGAAUAAUAUUUUACAAACACUCGAUAUAAAACGUUUAUUCAUUAGUUUUCGUGUAUUAAUUAUUAAUAAUAUAAUUGUCAAUAAUCUUAUCGGUGGUAUAUGUUUAGUAGCCAUGUUUAAAUUAUUAAAUUUAUUAAAAUUUAAUCCUAAAACAUUUUUAAUAGCUGAAACAGUGAGAAAAUCUGCAUUAGGUUUUUGUAUUAUUCUGUUACUUGUAUUUAUAAAUUAUUUUGUAUUUGCUGUUAUUGCUCAUCUUCUAUUUCCUACAGAAGAGAAUUUUCAGACCAUUUUUGUCGCAUUUCGUGUUGUUCUCGUAUCGAGUGUCAGAGAUUCGAGUACACAAAGUUAUAAUUCAAUAUCAAUCGUUCGAGCACUAUGGCAAUUUUUAUUGUGGCUUAUAGCAGCUAAACUAAUUGAAAAUUUUCUUGUCUCAUUCGUUAUUCAAGAAUUUGCAUUUGUGAGAAAAAAUCAUCAAUCAACAGAUGAAGAACGAGUGGUAGAAAGAUUAUUUUCAACAUUGAUGACCUAUUUUGCUAUUAGAAAACCUAAAAAAGUAACAUAUUCGAAAGUUUUAGAUUGA